AUGCGUGAUGCGAAACCCGAGAUCCACGUCUCUCGGGCUUGUGAUACUCCGUUUCGAUUCUUCACUCAGGAUGGACACGAGGACUUCCAAGGAGCUCUUCCACCCUUUGUACACGUACCUGCAAAGACUGGGGUGGAGUGGGUGAAUUCGUCACUCCGGAAAUAUCACCAUCCUCCUUCGUGCCUCGCCGAUGUGCUUGUCAACACCAACACCAACACCGCCACAGUCUCACCCACAGAUUCGCUCCCUAUCCUCGAAAAAGCGUCUCAUUACACCCGACCUUCCGGUGCGGUAUCCAUGGCUGAGGACGCUUCCAGCGGUGGCUGGAGCACGAUUGAGUCGGACGAAGGCGUCUUUACCUCUUUAAUCGAACAGCUUGGAGUCAAGGGUGUCCAAUUCGAGGAGCUGAUAUCAUUAGAGCCUGACUCGAUCCGUGCUUUGAGUCCCGUCUACGGCGUCAUUUUCCUCUUCAAAUGGAUAGGUUCGUCGUCGGACGACAAGGGCGCACCGCAAGACGGUUCGUACGAUCCUGGCGCGGUUGAAGAUGAAGGACUCUUUUUCGCAGCUCAGACCAUCCAGAACGCCUGCGGCACUCAAGCGAUCCUAUCGGUGAUACUGAACAAUGAUGCAUCGAGCAAUCCAUCGUUGUCGGGUGCGGUUGCAAGUCAAGCUAGGAUAGACAUCGGGCCUGCGCUGCAAGAGUUCAAGGACUUUACAACCGGGUUUGACGCUGGUCUACGAGGAGAGUCGCUCUCAAAUUCGGACUUGAUCCGGGAAACACACAACAGCUUUGCGAGGUCCAGUCCGUUUGCAGACGAGGUUCAGCGCGACCCCAACGCCGGCAGCGAGGAUGUCUUCCACUUCAUUGGGUAUACCUGCCAUCAUGGCAAGCUCUACGAGCUGGAUGGGUUGCAGCCCUAUCCCAUCUCCCAUGGGGAGUGCACGCCUGAGGAGUUCCCUGAAAAGAUCAUUCCUGUUCUCCAGAGACGGAUUGAGAGAUAUCCGCUCGGUGAGGUCCGAUUCAACCUGAUGGCCGUUUGCCAGGAUCGAAGAAUCAAAGCACAGGAGUUCCAAGAUUAUGAAGGCCUGGCUCGAGAACGACGGAAACGAGCCCAGUGGGACUGGGAGAAUGCUCUACGGCGGCACAAUUUUGUCGGCUUCACGGGCGAAGUCCUGAAAGGGGUGGUUGCAAUGAAGGUUAAGGACGGCUCUUAUGAUGCCUGGGUCAACGAUGCUAAGAAAGCGACGGAAAAGCGACAGAGAGAGCGGGCCACCCGAGGCGAAGAAGGUGUUGUAUGA